CGAAACAAUCGGUGCGGCUGGCGCGUCCCGGCCGCAGCGGGAAGAGGCAGUUGGCCUUCAGUUUCCGAGGAGCCCGAAGAGGAGGAGCGGCACACCUUGGUUCUUCGCAGCCUGGUACCGGCCUGCGGAGAGCGAUGCCGCUUCCCGACACCAUGUUCUGCGCGCAGCAGAUCCACAUUCCCCCGGAACUGCCGGACAUCCUGAAGCAGUUCACCAAGGCUGCGAUCCGCACCCAGCCCGCCGACGUGCUGCAGUGGUCCGCGGGGUACUUUUCAGCUUUGUCAAGAGGAGAUCCACUUCCGGUCAAGGACAGAAUUGAAAUGCCCGUGGCCACUCAGAAAACAGACACAGGCCUGACUCAAGGACUCCUGAAAGUUUUGCACAAGCAGUGCGGCCACCAGCAGUAUGUGGAGUUAGCAGAUCUGGAGCAGAAAUGGAAAAAUCUGUGCCUGCCCAUAGAAAACUUCAGAACUCUGCUGCAGUUGGAUCCUUGUGAAAACAAAAUCGAGUGGAUAAAAUUUUUAGCGCUUGGAUGUAGCAUGCUUGGUGGGUCACUGAACACGUCGAUGAAGCAUCUGUGUGAGAUCCUCACCAGCGACCCCGAGGGCGGGCCCGCGAGCAUCCCAUUCGAGACUUUCUCCUACGUCUACCGUUACUUGUCCAGAAUGGACUCGGACAUCCCCGAGGCGGACAUAGAGUCCUAUCUCGCCACUUUAAAGGACACUGCAAACUCUAGAAAGAACGGCAUGAUAGGACUUUCAGAUUUCUUCAUUCUGACAAGGAAAGUUUAGGAAACCUCGAAAAGAAAAUUCAGAAGACAGAGCCAUUAAUACAGGGGAGAACACUUUUUAAUGUGACAUAGUGCCUUUUAAAAUCCUUGGCACCAAAUACAGCUUGUCAUUAACCACA